AUGGGCAAAGGGAGAUCCGGAACCGGACCCAUCCGGUGGAUCAAGAAGACGGAUGUGCGGUGGCUCACGAUUUAUGACGGAUUAACCAUCAAGCAAUCUGCUCUAAGGGCGAGGCAGGGACUGACCAUAGAGCUGGAGAGCAUUCGACCAUUCCUUUCUUACCCGUUCUACCACUGCCUGGAAUUCACUCUCUUAAUAUCCGACAUGCUUCAACCUUACGUGCAUUCAAAACCAUCAUAUUUCAACACCUGCCCGCCUUCCUACGCGGGAGACUCUCUUGCUAUCUGA